AUGUUAAGGUUAUUAACAUUGUGUGUACUGAUAUGUAUAGGGAUUGAAGCCUUGAAUGUUGAAAAUUUAUUAAAAAGUUCGAAUUCGGAAUUGGACAAUCUAAACGGUGUACCAGAAGGCACAAAGAAGACCUUGAGAUUGGCUAAGCAAGUGUAUUUGAAUUUGAACAAGAGCCAUGAACACGAUUUCAAGCAGUUCUUCACGUUUGUACAUAGGUAUGUUGAUAGUUUAUAUCGGUGUUUUGUUGGGCUGUUGUAGAAAAAUAUUUUAUUCAAUAAGAAUGCAAUAGGAAAUAGGUCGGAUUACGGUAAUUUAGGCAGUAUUAGGGCUAGUGGGAAUGCUAUAGCAAGCAGAGCUUUGGUAAAGAAAGUUUAUCUUAUGGUUUUGUCAUGUAGAGCAGGUAGGAUUAUAGUAUGUUAAGGCCUAAACUAUGUCAGGGCCUAGGGUACGAUAGGGCCUAGGAUACGGCUGGGUCUAGGGUACGGCAGCUAGGUACGGUUGGGCCUAGGGUACGGUAGGGCCUAAGGUACGGCAGGGUCUAGGCUACGGUAUUGCCUAGGGUACGGCAUGGUCUAGGGUACGGCAGAGCCUAGGGUACGGCAGAGCCUAGGGUACGGUAGGGCUUCGGGUACGGCAGGGCCUCGGGUACGGCAGGGCCUAGGGUACGGCAGGGCCUAGGGUAUGGCAGGGCCUAGGGUACGGCAGGGUCUAGGGUACGGCAGGGCCUAGGGGACGAUAGGACUUAGGCUGGGAUUUAGUAGAGUAGUAACACGUACGGUAGGCUAGGUUGGAGUAAGGCUGUGGUAAAGCCAGGUUAAGAUAAGCUAGUUGUACUCCGCCAUUCUAUUAUAAAUGAUAAAACUUUUUUAUUUUUUUUAUUUUUCUAGCUUUUUAGACAUAAACGUGAAUACGCUGACGAAUCUACCCUGAAGUCUCGUUUUUCCAAAUUUCAACUAAAUUUGCGGCACAUCGAUCAACUCAACAAAGAAGACAACCUUGCCACAUAUGGAGUGACUAAAUUCAGCGAUUUAUCAUCAGAAGAGUUUAUUAAACAAGCUACAGGCAAUAUCCUCGGCGACAAAUCUUCCCAUAGCUCGUCAGAUGAACUAACUUCAGUUAAAGGAGACUACAAUUACCCAAAAAAUUUUGAUUGGCGAACCGACCGAGGCUUCCAACCAAUCGUAAUGGAUCAAGGACUGUGUGAUUCGUCGCACGUCUUCACAGUCAUUGCCAUCGCCGAAGGCAGUUACUUUAGAACCUACAAUGUGUCUGUGAAAUUCAGCGAACAACAAGUUUUGUCUUGCAUGGAGAAUGAAGGCUGUAGUGGAAAUACUAUAGAGAAUUCAUUAAAGAACAUACUAGAUGAAGGUGUCGAUUAUGCUGAUGACUAUCCAUACACGAAUUGGGAUUCUCCAACAACUCAAGCUUGUAUCAAAGACAAGGCCCAAUACGGAGUAAUUAACAUAUACAGGGUUUUAAGAGAUCAGCCGGAAGAACAAAUAAAGCAAUGGCUCUACUGGAAUUCACCGAUUGCUGUGAGUAAGUGUGGCCAAGGGCGUUGUGGCUUUAGAUUAUCAACAUACUAAGUAUAUUUUGGGCCCUGCCGUACCCUAGGCCUUGCCGUAUCCUAGGCCUUUCCGUAGCUUAAUCCUUACCGUGUCUUAGAUCCUACCGGGUCUUAGACUCUACCAUAUCCUAAUUUCUACCGCACCCUAGGCCUUACCAUACUUUAGAUUCUAUCGUAUCCUAAGCUUUACCGUACCAUAGGGUCUACCGUACUCUAGGCUGAGCAUUAUAGACUUCGUUCAACUUAACGAAAAACAUUGAAAUAUUUAGUAAUUGAUGCCAAGCUGAUUCAACAUUAUAAGAAAGGAAUAAUUGGUAUUAAACAACCGUACGAUUGCUCAAUGGUAAAUCAUGGCGCGGUAAUAAUGGGGUAUGGCGAAAACGAACCAGGUGUUCCAUACUGGACACUGAAAAACUCGUACGGAACGAAUUGGGGCGAAGGUGGUUACUUCAGGAUUGUUCGUAACCAAAGCACGCUUCAGGUGAACUGUCAAGCCGCUUAUGCUGCUACUAGUAAAGGUAGAAAUUAA